AUGGUAGCUCGACGUGAGACUCUGGUGAGAGGAGGGUCUCUGCUGCUUGACGGUGGGCUGCAGGGCCGGUCCUCCCAUGAAGGUCACGAAGAUGACGAAAGGAAAGUAAGACGGAGAGAGAAGAACAGAGUCGCUGCCCAGAGGAGCAGAAAAAAACAAACGCAGAAAGCAGAUAAACUCCAUGAGGAAUACGAGUGCCUUGAGCAAGAGAACACCUCCCUCAAAAGAGAAAUCGGAAAGCUGACAGAUGAAAUGAAACACUUGAACGACGUGCUGAGGAACCACGAGAAAGUCUGCCCAGUGCUGCACUGCUCCUUAAACUUUGGCUUGAUGCCCAGACAUGAUGCCCUCAGUGGUCCUUUGCCAAGAUGAGGCCUUGGCUGGCUGGUCUUAAAGUGCUACUGAGAUAAGGGAGCUUUCGGGAUCUGACUUCUUUCUUUUUCUCCCUGGCUGCGUGAACACGGUCACCUGGCAGCAACGUGGACUUCCGCUUAGAGUUGCCGCCGCACCUUAGAGCCUGCCACACCUCCAGAAGCCCCCGAGACGUUGGCAGAGUGGAUGGGCUCCAACCUUACAGGAGAAUCUUUGGACAGAGCUGUGUGUGUGUUGUUCCUUGGAUUCCCUCCCACUGCAAGGAAUCCGGAACCUGGCGCAGAAAGUAGGAUACAAAGAACGUUUAGUUUAUUUUUUUAACAGUGCAACUGUCUAGUCUUCAUUGGUUAUAGGAAAUGAGUUGCUGAGAAAUCAGGAAAGGGGAAGAAGUUGCGACAGAGUUUGAAACCAAAGAAAUAGUAGACAUGACAACCUGUAGUCAAGGUCUGGGACAUCGGUGUCCUUCCCAGCAAUCUGCCUGAUUUCUUGUUCCCUCUCCAUCCUGGGCUUCUCCCUUUCUGCUCCACUUGCCGCCAAACGUAUCAAAUGAUGCGAAAAACUA